CCAAUACAAAAAGAAAUCUUUUUCUGUGCCCGCCAUAUUGAUUUGGCUUGGCGCUCUCUCAUGUUAAUUUUUGUGAGUGAUGAUUGAAUUCACGUGAUUUGUAAUUUAAAUGUUCAAUUAAACAAUUUAAACUGUCUUUGUUCUAAAAACUGUAAAUUAGUGGCAAAAUGGAUCCUGCAAAGAUGAAAGUAGUGGACCUAAGGUCGGAACUUGGAGCCCUUGGUCUGGACACGAAGGGUAACAAGCCGGCUUUGGUUGAACGCUUGAAGAAAGCACUUGAAUCUAAAACGGGAAAAUUACUCCCAGAAACAUCUAUCCUUGAUACAAGCACGGAGGAUGUUGACGAUGUGGCCACUCCGCGGAAGCCUGGGCCUGCAGCCCGGACUCGGAGGUCCUCUUCCACAAGGAUCGCCCAUACUCCUGCCAAGCAGCCCCGCCUCGAAGAGCCGCCGGAGCCGAUAGAGGAAGACGAGCCGAAGUCUGAGCCCAAAACGCCGUCCCCGGUGAAAGCGCCGGAACCGGUGCCGGCGCCGGAGCCCGUCCCGGCGCCCGAGCCCGUUCAACAGCCGGACAGGGCCGAUGACGAUGUUUACAGCAUUGAUGAUGAGAAGAGUCAGUCGCCCAUUCAAGUCAAGGAAGACGAGGAGGAACAAGAGGAAGCUAUGGAGACCCAGGAAGACAGUCAAGACGGCGAGAAACCGGUGAGCCCGAAGAAAGAAAAUGAGAACGAGGCUGAAAACGCGGACGGAGCUGAAAACGAAAAUGAUAAGGAGAAAGAGCCGGAGAAAGAGCGUCCCCUGACUGAGGAGGAGGAAUGGGAACAGCUGAACGAACGGCUCAAGAUCAGGCAGAAGGAAGUAGAGGAGAGACAAAAGAGGCAGGCGGAAGAAGAUGCCAGGAAACUGGCUGAAGUCAGCAAGGACCCGGUAAAGCUGAACCGUCUGAAACGCAAGCUGGAGAAGAAGGCCCGCUGGAGUAACUACUAUAAAGCUGUUGAGAUCACAAAUGAGGUGCUCACACCGCCCGCUGAAGCUUUGGAGAACCAACAGAAGCAGGCAGCAAAAGACACUUCGGAGGUGAUAAAUGUGGAACCGGAACUGGACGACGACAAGAUUACUUUGUCUUGGUACGACAGCGACCUGAACCAGUACGUGGAGCUGCCGGCGCUGGGCAGCGUGGUGCCGCUGAGCGAGGGCGCCUUCGCGCACGCGUGGGCCGGCGCGCGCGCAACGCACGGCGUGCGCCGCGGCCGCGUGUGCUACGAGGUCCGCGUCGGAGCAAUGGUGACGACGACCGAAACUUCGGACAAGGAGACUAUAGCGUCCGGCCUUCGCAUGGGAUGGUCCACGGAUGAUUCCUCACUUCAUCUUGGUGAGGGCGAGUUCAGUUGGGGCUACGAGAGUAGCGGGCGCGCCGUCACCAACGGCGAGUUCAAGGAGUACGGCCAGCAACUCACCGAGAAGGACGUCGUCGGAGUCUAUUUGGAUCUGGAAUCGAAUCCAUGCAAGAUUUCCUACACAGUCAAUGGCGCGGAGCAGGGCGUGGCUUACGAGGUGGACAAAGCCUCUCUCGAGGGAAAAGUGCUGUAUCCGCACGUGCUCACGAAGAAUCUGUGCUAUCGUGUCAACUUUGGCAAUGACAAGUACAACAUGCUGACCAAGACGAAAAUCGUACGGAACCGCCUGGAGAUCCCCGUGGAGCAAGUGCUGGAGGAGAAGAGGGCCGUCGAGGCGGAGCUGCGGCGGCAGCGCGAGGAGGCGCUGCGGCGCGCGCGCGAGCGCCGCGACGAGCGCGAGCGGCUGCGGCUCGAGCGGCUGCGGCGGCGCCAGGAGGAGAAAGAGCAACAAGAACAAGAGAGAAAAGAGCGCGAGGCGAAGGAGAGGAAAGAGAGGGGAGAAGAAGAGCCCAUGGAGGAGGACAAGGAGGAUGAUGAGGCGGACAAGGACAAGGAUAAGGAGGAGGAGGAUGAGCCCAAGGAGAACGGUGACAAGCCUGAUGAGGAGAAAGAACCUGAAGUGAAGGAGGAGCCGAUGGAGACCGAUCCGGAGGCCAAAAAGACAGACACAGAAACCGAGGCUACUACCGAGGUCAAGGAGGAACCAGCUGAUGACGAGGUGCAAGAAGUGACCGAGCAGCAAGUUCUCAAGGGCCACGUGCUCGACAAGAGAAUCAAAUUCGUCAUCCGGUACACGGUGGAUGAAGAAUUAGACGGGUCUGAAGCCUGCCUGGUCCCGGGGUACAUCCUCAUAGCGCACGCGGACCUCGAACCCGGACCCCGGCGGCCGGCCGACCUCGCCGACUGUGAGGUUAUCCUCAUGGUGGGCAUGCCCGGCGCCGGCAAGACUUACUGGGCGAAACAGCACAUUGCCGCCAACCCUCAGAAGCGGUACAACAUCCUCUCCACUGGCGCACUCUUCGACAGAAUGAAGGUGGACUGUAAACCAUUUCGAGCCACGUACGAGGGACGUUGGGACGCGAUGGUGUCCAAGUGCGCUAAAUGCGUGCUAAAAAUGUUGGAAAUGGCGAAGGGGCGACGCAGAAACUUUAUACUGGACCAGACCAACGUGUACCCGUCGGCUCAGAAACGGAAGCUCCGAGAGUUCCAAGGCUACCGCCGCAUCGCCGUUGUCAUAGUUACCGACGAGGAAACGUACAAGGAGAGAUACAAGAGUCGCGAGGAAGCCGAUGGGAAGGAAGUGCCGGACGGGGCCAUAGUGGACAUGAAAGCCAACUUCACGCUGCCGCAGAAAUGCUCGUGGCUGGACGACGUGUUGUACCCGGAGCUGGACGAGGAGGAGGCGAAGAAGGUGCUGGAGGUGUUCCACAAGGAGGCGAAGGCGGCGGGCGUGGUGAAGGAGAAGGAGCGCCGCGAGAGAGCCGACGCGCCGCCGGCCAAACGGGCGCGCUCCGACGACAGGAACCGGGAGCGGGACCAUCGCGGCCGGAGGGACCUAGGGCGCGAUAGGGAGGACCGAUGGGGCGGAGGAGGCGGCGGGGGUCGCUGGGGCCCGGCGCGGGGCGGGGGCGGGGCGGGCGGGGGCCGCUGGAGCCGCGAGCGGGCCGGCCCGCCGCCCAUGCGCGACCGCUGGGGGCCGCCGCCGGGGCACAGAGGCGGAGACUUCGGGCGGGACCGCGACGGGUUCCGCGGCGGGCGCGGCGGGGCGGGCGCGCGCGGCGAGCGCGGCCCGGCGCUGGGCCCGCGCGGCCCCGGCGGCCCGCCCGCGCACGACCGCUUCCGCGCCGACCGCCGCCCGCCCGCGCCGCCCGCCCCGCCCGGGCAGGACAAGAGGAACGCGCCUAAUGCACAAGGCGGCAACAUGGGCGGCGGCGGCUGGCAGCGCGGCGGCUCGCAGAUGGGCCGCGGCGGGAACAAUAAUCAGCGGGGCAUGGCCGCCGCCGGCAACCGGAACAUGGCGCAGGGGAAGGACGGCAACCAAAACCAAAAUUCCCAGAACCAGCAGAACCAACAGCAAGGCUGGAACCAGUGGGCCGGCGGCUGGGGCGGCUGGGGGAACUGGAACCCCAACCAGCAAGCCGGAUGGGGCAACUGGGGUAACUGGAACAAUUGGAACAACGGGAACAGCAACUCGAACAACGGCGGCAACAACACAGCCGGCAACAACAAGGGCGGCGGUCAGCAACAACAGUCGCAGCAGCAACAACAACAACAACAACAGUGGCCGGCCAACUACACGGCGCAGCAGUGGUACCAGUGGCAGCAAUGGCAACAGCAGCAACAGCAGUGGAGCGGGUACCAGCAAGGCGCGGGCGGCGGGCAGGCGGCGGGCGGGCAGGCGGCGCAGGGCAACGCGGCGGACGCGCAGCAAGCGUGGGCGCAGUAUUAUCAACAGGUACAGAACUACGGAACCGGAAACGCAGCCGCGACCGGCGCCGGCGCAGACAAGAAGUGAGACUCCACGCGCUCCAAACAUCACGCGACGUACACAGACAAAACAUUGGAUAUUACAAUUGUCAUACAUAUUGCAAUGUUCCUCUAUAGUUAUUUUUAAGAUUAUUUCUCCCUUUAUUGUUGCAUAGUUGUAACGUUUUAAAAUAUGUUUUUAAAUAUUUAAAUGGUAUUUAACAUUGUCCAAAUUUGUUGCCUUAAAUGUGCAUGAUUCGUCUCAGAAAGAGGCAACAGAUUUAAUAAAACUGAUUUGAAAAUGUUUAGUUUGUCCGUUUACGCGUGAUUCUUCUUAUAUAAAUAUUAAGAUAAGUUGGUAAUAUUUCCGCAAACGGUGAUGUUUUCCACACCACAAAUUAAUUGGAAAUCAGUUUGUGACUGUUAGUUUUUUUUUGUUUUAUUACGGAGAAGAUGUCAGUCUUACUUGUAAUGACAUAUUAUUUUAUAAAUUUAAGUACAUAAUCAAUAAUAGGUUGAACGGUUAAAGUUGACACGAUUUUUUUAAACACAAAAAAAAAUUACAGAUAAAUAAUUUCUUACAUACAUAUAUAUAAAUCACACCUCUUUCCCGGAGGGGUAGGCAGAGACCACAUCUUUCCACUUGCCAUGAUACCUGCAUACUUCUUUCUUUCUUUUUUUCAAUAAUUUACCCAUUUUUAAUCGUGCUCACCUAAAAGUAUAUUGUUUGGGCUAUUGUAAAUACUCUAAAAUAAUAUAUUCGAAUUAUUUUUGUCAUUUGAAUUAAGAUUAGGACAGUUUUGAGUUUUUGGUAGGUUGAGAUGUUACAUAUUCUCUAUAAAGCAAAUUAUAGGUUGAUUUGAUGUUGACUGUAACAUCCCUCUUUGGUGACAAUUUAUUUUUCAAAGUGGCGACUCACUCGGAAAGCAAUUUUAUAAAAAUUUUUAAAAAAUAUAUAGUCCAAUCCAUUUUCUAAAUAUAAUAAACAUGUCAUAUAGUGUAAGUAAUUUAAUUUUGAGUCUGACAACUGUGAGUGAGACACCAAAUUUCAAGAUAUUGAACCCCUGACAUAACUUGAAGUGUAUAAUACCCAGAACGAAAAGUCAUAUACUUCAACUGACACUUGUAAACAUACACUGUGUAUAGUUUAAUAAUUUAUGUGCCGAAAACUGCAUUUGCUGAUAAAAAUAUACUCGUUCAACUUCGUAUAAAACCUUAGAUCUUGUCAUUAUAACGUUACCUUAAGGGUAAUUCUUAAGAUCUUCGAUGGGUAAUUAUAGUUAAGACUAUGACGAUGCAAAAAUAAUGUAUGUAUGUGUGCGUGCGUGAGAAGCUAAAGCUGAAUGUAAAGACUAGUUGUAAGAGUGUGGGAUUUAGUUUACGUCAUAAAAAUAAUGAUUUCAUUUGAAUAAAUAUAUUUCUUAAGCA